GGAACUAUGAAAGCUAGAAGGUUGAAAUUAAUUAUAGCGAUUCUAGAGACCCAUGUUGCCACGCCCAAUCUAACGCCCACAAGCCGCCCAAAACUGCCACGCCCAUACUUUUGAACAUUUUGGGAUAUUCUUUCAUUCAUUUAUUUGUCUUUUUUUGCCAUAAAACUGUUUGCCUUGAAACCAUCAUUUUAAGUUAUUUUUAUUCACGUUGUUUCUCUUUUAAGCUCUCGAUUCAAACUCUUCGACCUUGAUAUAUAUAGUUAAUUCUAUCGAUAUAAGUCUUUCCUAGUAUUUUAUAUUUAUACACAGCUCACAGCCUUUCCCACAAACAGGCCAAAAUUUCCACACCAACAUUUUUGAAAUAUGUUUUCAUUUUUUUUCGUUUUAGUGUUUGUCUUGCCAAAAAAACAAACAACUUGUAUAAAAAACAUUUUUACCGCGUCCCUCUUUACACCUGCAAGACCCCCAAAAUAUUCACACUUUUAAACCAUUUUUAAAAAUUUUCUGAUUUUAUUCCCCAAUAUCUGUCGAUAUUCCAGAAAACAUAUGAAAUUUAGCGUUCGCACACUACUACCUGAGUAAACGGUAUCUUAUAGUCGGUUAACUCUACUGAAGCAUUCUCUCUUGUUUAUAUUAACUAAAACCUCUUCUGUUCACAAUUCCACUUUUAUAUUUUCGGAAUUCCCUUUCAUCUUUUGCUGCGUAAGCAAUCCUAGAAUUUGAGGGCUUAGUACCCAAUUAACAGCUCUCAAAGUUCCCGAGAUAUCGGCGUUCAUACGGAUGGACGUAAUACUGACGCUACAUAUUUAAUGUUUUUUAGAAUUUAUCCGCUAAUUAUAUAAAAUGGCGAUCAUAUUAAGAAUCUCAUUUAUGUGCUUAACAUAAUGUGUUCAUAGUAUUCUAAAAGAAAAUUCCAAAAAUUUAGCGAUUUUAUCCCGAAGCAAUUGCCUGGCUUGAAAAAAGCUGGCCGCCAACACAGCUGCCUAUCGAUGACGCGUGACUGAUAGCGCCAUCGAUAGCCUCCGCACAGACGUGGUUUUCCCAACUUGCAAUGCAGCAAAUUAACGGAUGUAAUGCGACGCAUAGCUCCCCGUUUUCUGGAAACAAGCAAACGAAGCAACAGCCCGCAGGUUGAUCCUUGCAUGACAACCGAUUGAAGGAGAGAGAGUGAGACAUCAACGCGCAGUUACGGCAUCAAGGGAUUACAGUCUGGUCAGAUAUUGGGCAAGCUAGCAAAAGGAAAACAAACGCCAUGUCGACAGAACGAAGUUCGGAUUCAGCUGAGCCAGCGGAUUUGGCGCUCUUGUUGGACCGCAUUAACAUCAACAACAACAAUAAUAAUAAUAAUAAUAAUAACAACAGCAACAACAACAACAAUAACAAUAACAAUAACAAUAACAAUUGCGGUCGCAGCAAGAGCGGUGGAACUCCCAGGAAAUAUGCGACUGCUGGAGCCCCAAGCUCCAUUAGAAUGUGCCCCGCCAGCAAUGUGAACAGCAACCAGAGCAACAAACAACUAAACUCGAUUUGCCAGCGGGCGCAGGCGGGCCACAAGCUGAUGAUCAUAAUGCGCGGCCCUUCAGGCAGCGGUAAGAGUACACUGGCAGAGUCUCUGCUGCGCCAGGCGCACCUACUCGAUCGACACCAGGUGCGCGACUUUGUUCUGAGCUCAGACGACUACUUCAAGACGGGCCGCGGCUAUGUCUUCAACCCCACUCUGCUGCCAGCCGCUCACGACUGGAACCAGCAGCGAGUGCGCGAUAAGGCCGCCUCCGGCUGGAGCCCCAUCAUCGUGGAUAACACCAAUACAAUGGUGUGGGAGAUGCAGCCAUAUGUCCAAACCGCCGUGCGUUACGGCUACGUAAUUGAGCUUCUCGAGCCCAAUACUAGUUGGUGCAAGUCUGCCAGCAAGCUGGCCCAGAAAAACGUCCACAACGUCCCACGGGAGAAUAUUCAGCGCAUGCUAGAGCGCUUCGAGCGCACGACUGCGGGAGAGCUCAUUCGGUUAAUGAAGGAGACAAAGUAUACUGUGGAGCUGCCGCAACUACGCAAUCACCCGCCCCUUCCUGCCGUGCCUAUCAUCACGAAUUUUGAAGAGAGCAAGCCGCUGGCAGCCUCAGUCCCAGGGCCAGCGGAAAAUACCUUUAAGCUGAAUGCUAAUGCCCAAACGUGGGUGCCCUACGAGCACGGAGCGCCUUCAUACUGGUCGCAAACAGUGAAAUCGGCAGACACAGGCGCCGCGACAGUUCCGGAAAUUCCCGACGCUUUGGGUGCCGCAGCUCCCGUAAAGAGCGAAGUGUCUAUUAUAGAUCUGCUCCGCGAAGAGAGCCAAGUAAAGGAGGCACCGUCCAAAGCGGAGUCUAGCGAGGCAAAGCCCUUUGAGAGGCACAGCCUAGACUGUCCCAAUGAACCGAAAGGGUUUGCACACCUGCGCCAGAUGUAUCCCAAUAAACAGCUGACCGGCCUCUGGGACCUGUUUGUAAAGUGCAAGGCCGACGUGGAUUGGGCCGUUGAUAUUCUAUUGAAGGAGGACGAGCUCAACGCGGCCACUGCUCCGGAUCAAAUCGGAUUUGAGGAAAAUGUCAAUAGCGAGGAGGCGGCGCAGUUUCAAUGCGACUGCGACAAGGCGGCCGAUGCCCUGGAAUCUCCGAUUUCCACUCCUAUCUGCACCUCACCAACUUUACCGGUAUCGAAGACCGAAUCGAAGCCGCAACGUCAACCGCGCAACAAACGAGCAUCGGCCCCCACCAACAAAGAGUUGCAAAUGAAAAUCCAGAAUUGCUUUGUGUUAGGCGACGAACAAUACUCGGAGCACACUCGCAAAAUUCGCGAUAUUCGCAAUGGAAUCCUGGAUCAACCGAUAGUGCCUAAACCACCGGAAGCUCCCGAAGGACCAGAGCUAGAAGAGCUGGAGGAGGAGGACCCUGAAGAAAAUACUCUGCUGGAAAUCGAUUUGGGCACCUCUUUAAUUGAAAACUAUUGUUGCGCGACUCGACUAACGGAUACUUCUUGCGAUUUUAUCCCGAAGCAAUUGCCUGGCUUGAAAAAAGCUGGCCGCCAACACAGCUGCCUAUCGAUGACGCGUGACUGAUAGCGCCAUCGAUAGCCUCCGCACAGACGUGGUUUUCCCAACUUGCAAUGCAGCAAAUUAACGGAUGUAAUGCGACGCAUAGCUCCCCGUUUUCUGGAAACAAGCAAACGAAG